AUGAACCUACUACUAUCAUACAUUAUCAUUUUCAAUCUCCUUUUUUUUGAAACAAUCACACACCUUUUAUCUGUUACAUAAUCAACGCCAAUGAUUAAAUUAAUAAAUCAAACCAUCUCAUAAUUUAAUCCGACUUCCAAUUUUAAUACAACUCUUUAAAUAGAAGGAGAUGGCUUUAUUUUUCUAAUUGUUGAGUUUCAGUAAACUUCAAGUGACAAAUCAAGUAUAGCUCUUUUAUAUAAUGAACAUUUUCCAACUUCUUAAAUCAACUAAACUAUUCAAUUUAGAGAUAUGGAUUACAAUAGGUAUUUAUUCUAUUAAUCUUUUAGUUAUGUACUUAAAAGAUAAAAUCACAAUUUAAUUAUUCAAAACUUUCCUCAUCUUAAAUUUAUUACUAUUCUUAGUAAUAUCUCUAUUACCUUUAAUCUUAUAUUAACAGGUACCAAUGAAUAGAAAUGUUUCAAUGAUUGCAAUAACAAUGGAAAAUGCUUUUAAGGAAAAUGUCUUUGUAGUUCUAAUUAUAUAGGAAUAGAUUGUUAAUUUAAAGCAAUAGAAUUAGAAAUUUAGACUUAGUAAAAUCUAAGCCUAUCUAAUUAUGUAACUUUUUUAUAUUAUAAAUAACAAGAAAAGUCAAAGGAAUUAAAUUUAAUAUUUUAUGUAAUCUUUUCAUGUUAUAUAUAUUAGACUAACAGCUAAUAAAAUCUUACUAUUUUAGAGAUUAUCUCUUCAUUUAUCCAUAUCCCUACUUUAUAGUAUUAUGAUUACUAUGAGAAAUUUAAUACAUCCUACCCUCUUAAAUAAAUAAUUAGUUCAAAAGGUCUUAAAGAUCUUGAUGAUGAUGAUGAUCAUCUCAAUGAAGAUACUGAUGAUGACAAUUCAGAUUUAUUAUAAUAAAAUAAUUUUUUAUUAAAUAAACAGAUACCUGCUAAAUUAGUCAUAGCAGUUUUAUGUUCUAUCCCCAAUACCUAAAUAUCUAUUUUAUUAUAAAAGCGUUAGGAUUAAAUAGACAAACAGGAGUAUUUAAAAUGGAUUAUACCAUUAAGUAUUUUUGGCUUCAUAAUCAUCUUCAUUUUUGGAAUUAUUUGUUUAAAAAAACAUUUGACAAAAAAAAAAUUUGAAAAUAAAUAUACAAAAGUUCAGUCAUUUUCUGAUGAUGAAAUUUGUACAUUAUGUUAAAAAAGACUGAUAAUAAGGAAUGCUAUUUAUAAAUCUAUAGUUUGUUAAAAUAACCAUCUAUUACAUAAGAAAUGUCUAAUUAAAUUCUUUGAUAAGAAUUAAAAUUUUGGGUUAUGUCCAACAUGUCCUUAAAUAAUAAUUGAUUGA